AGCAGUGGUUGUUUCUUAACAAUGUUUAGAAACAAGUGGAACGUUGGGCGAGUCGGACGUGCGUUGCCGCAUGAAAAAGUUUUGAUAUUCGCGCAGUGAGUUUAGUGAUACCGAGUCGUUCGGUGCAAACACAUGGUUCGACGCUUCCAACACGGCAUGGAGACCACUUUCUAUGACGAGCAGUAUCCCCUCAGUGGACCAGUGGAGAACCUCAAGAGACCACUCACCUUGGACGUGGGGCGGGGCAUAAAACGGGCGCGGAUUGGUGGUGCGCCGGUCCUCUCCUCACCAGACCUUCAGAUGCUGAAGCUCGGCUCCCCGGAGCUUGAGAAGCUGAUCAUCCAGAACGGUAUGAUAACAACGGCAACUCCAACACCCGGGGCGCCAGUGUUAUUCCCGGCUAGCAUACCGCCGACGGAAGAGCAAGAAAUGUACGCGCGGCCAUUCGUUGAGGCGCUGGACAAGUUACACCACUCGGACCCCACGCCUCAGAUCGGACGCGUCGACAGGCGAGUGUACGCCGACCUGGACAGGCCGCUUGACCGCUACCCCACACCGGUGGUCAAAGACGAGCCCCAAACAGUGCCUAGUGCUGCUAGUUCACCUCCUCUGUCGCCCAUCGACAUGGACACGCAAGAGAGAAUCAAAUUGGAACGCAAACGGCAGAGGAACCGAGUGGCUGCAUCGAAGUGCAGACGGCGCAAGCUGGAGCGCAUCUCCAAGCUGGAGGACAAAGUUAAGAUCCUGAAGGGCGAGAACGCGGAGCUCGCGCAGAUGGUGGUGAAGCUGAAGGAGCACGUGCACCGGCUCAAGGAGCAGGUGCUGGAGCACGCCAACAACGGCUGCCACAUCGACUCGCACUUCUGAUUGUGCCGUCGCCGCCGCUCCGCCACAUUCCAUGCUAGUCGCGCCCGGUAGGACGCAGCAUACAAAGCGAUUUGUGAUCUUAAUUUUACUGUGUAAUAUAUAGUUAAUGAACACUAGUGUAUAAGGUGUUGACGCUACGUUAAGGAUGCUGUGGAUGUUAAGUUUGAGAGAUUAGGUUGCCAGUGAUGUGUGCAGGCAGAACCUCCGCUCGGGAGAGCUGAUUCCAGGACGUUUGUUGUUUGUGAAACGGUUACGUUAUGGUUCACUUAGCGAGGGAUGUACUUAGAGCGAGUCACAACUGCAAAGGCUAAAGCUUCCAUUGUAAGUUGCAGAGUUAAUGUUUUCCUUAAAUCAGUAUUGCGUUGUCUCAUUUAGAAUAGUGUAGAAACUAGAAAGGAUAAUCGUGCGACGUCAUUCGUUUGCAGACUGACUGAACGAGGUUGAGGCGGCGUUGCCAGUUUUACGGCGAAUUUCCCGUUUCAGCGAUGUUGCCGCACUUGCCUCGCUGAAUCGGGGAUUUCCAUUGUUCAUUGUGUCCCGGCCAUUGUGUAUAUUUUUUCUGUCCAGUAGAAUCUUAUUAUAAUAAUUAGUUUACAUUUCGGACGUUAUUUAUUGCGAUUUAGACGGAGUCGAUUAGGACGCAAGUCGCCGCUGUGUUGUGACAGGUACGAAACGCAGCCGGAGGGAAAGAGAUAGUGUAGAGUAGAGUGGCAACGGCGCAUCAAGCCGAGUCACGAGCGGAUGUUCUGCUAAUUAAAAUUCCGCCUGCGCCGCCCUCGCGGAAUGGCGGCCAUGUGUUCAACAGUCGGACGUUCCGAAUCACGUUUAGUUGCACAAGGUUAACUUUUAACGCGACAACAGCGUUGUAACGCCGCCGCCGUGGACUGGAACGUCUUUGUUCGCUUCGCUUGAUUGUUUCGAGACAAAUGAAGUGCUUGUGUGGGAGACUGAUCGAAUGUAAGUUUGGAGUGCCUUGUACGUUUGAGCGAGAGCGUGGAACGCGCAAAUUAUUUUCUCCGUUUAAAAAGAUGAUUCUCGGAACUGACCCGGUGCUCUUUAGAGGACGUGACUUUUGUAAUGUGAAGCCGUCCGAUUUAAAAUAUUAGUUGUGGACGAAUGCGAGUAUAUCGUACAGAACGAACGUUUGACAUGUGAACGGCGAGUGAAUGCGAGAGGGAUGUAUUUAUUUGUGAGAAUGGUUAUCUUAUAGGAUGAAGUAGCAAUCUCGAGUGCCUACGCUUUGUAAACUAAAGCCUAUACCUAUGUUUUAAAUUGUUUUUGUUACCAUUAAUGUGCUACAGUAAAUUGUUCUGUACCAUUGUCUUCUGUAGGUUAUUGUAAGUAAUUAUAAUACCAAUUAACAAGUUGAAUUGUUAUAUAGACUAUAUAAGGCGAACGGGUGGCGUGGUAGCGAGAACUCAAAGAAAGUUGUUUCUGCGAAGAACGCGCCCAAAGCCUAUUUGUAUUAUUUUUAUACAAAAGAAUUCGUCAGAAUGUUAACAGUAAUUUGUAAGUUUAUAAAAGAUAUGGAAACAGUUAUACUAAAAUAAUAUAUUUCUAUGAAUUUAACAAAGAAUAUUGUUUUAUAUGGAAUAUCAUAUUGUAUGAUAAACAUGAAAGAGAAAAUAAAUUAUGAAGAUUAUUAUACCAUUUA